AUGGAUUUCAGAAUUUGUUUUGUUUUAGAAAGAGAAAUAAAAAUAAUCUUAAAGUCAUUUAUUAUGAACUGGUUGAGUAUCAUUUUAAUAAAAAGAUAUGUCAAAGGGUUUAAUAAUUGUCAAUGUGAAAAUAAACCAUUAAAUUAUAUCAAAAAUUAUAAAAUUGAAGAUCAAUGUUUUAAAAAAUGUAAUACUUUUUUAAAGUUAAAAAUUAAAAACGUUAAACCACCAUCAUAUUCUGAGAAUAUAAAAGAAAAUGAAUUAACUGAAAAUGAAAAAGAAAAUGAGUUAACUGAAAAUGAUUUAAAUCAAAAUAACUGUAAUACACCUUAUAAUAAUUAUGAUCAAAAUAACUGUAAUACACCUUAUAAUAAUUUUAAUAAUAAUUACAACACUCCUUUUAAUAAUAACAUUCCUUAUAAUUUUAAUAAUAAUUACAUUCCUUAUAAUUUUAAUAAUAAUAACAUUCCAUAUAAUAACUGUUAUGGUUUUUAUAAUGAAUUUCAAAAUAUUAAUUGUAUAAAUUUAUUAAAAAGUAAUUUAUUAGAUGAAAUAUUAAAUGAAAGUAGUAUAUCAGAUGAUUCAGAAAAUAAUAAUUCAAAUAAAGUGAAUGAAGACAGUGAAUUUGAUUAUAAAAGUGGUGAUAAAACAGACAAUAAUUUAAUAGAAAAAAUGGUUCUAAAAGAAAGUAUAAACAUUGAAGACAGUUUUACCUUACCUGAUCCUAUUCAGUUGAUAAAUAACACAGAAAGAGCCAAAUCAGUUUAUUUAACAAGUAGAGAUUUUUUUGAAGAACAAUAUCAAACUGUUAAAAUAUACCUUAAAAGAUCUGUAACGAUGACUAAUGAAUUAGAAAAAAGUAUAAAAAAUAUGAAGGAUUCUAUUGAAAAAACUAAAAACUAUAUUGAAAAUGAUCAUACUCAUCAUAUGAAAAAUUUUUAUAAAAAGAAGAUUCAAAAAUUAAAAAAGGAAAUUAUUUUAAAACAAAGGAAAUUAAAAGAAAUAAGAAAAUGGCAAAAAGCCAUCAAAAACGGAAUUAACACCCACUUUAUUUAA